UGUUUGUCAGUCGUCGUUUCGAUAUCACUCGCGUAAGUCUCGAGUCUGUGCGUGUGCUGUUGAGGACGGUUUGUAGUGUCAGUUUUGCAGCUUCCUUGUGCGGACGCGACAGUCACAGUGCCGAUUGGACAGCCCUAUCGAGUGGCAGUGGGUGGUACAAAUUGUGAACGGCACUGACAAAUUUUGUCUCUGUGUUCCGUGUGCUGUGCGUAGCAGCUGAAGCUUCAGUGUGGAGUAAUUUAAACCGUGCUGUAAGAAAGAAAUUCCAAGUGCUGCAGUGGAACAUAAGAAAAUAAAAGUAUUAUUCAAAUUAAAUCUGUAAAAACGGUUGCACAAUCUUCGUGAUUUAGCGACAGAAUCUGAGAAAAUUUGGAAAAAACUCAAACCUUAAAACACCGUCGGUGAAAGUGAACAAGGGCGAGUUUCGUGUUUUGGCUAAUUCGGGAGCAACAGUUUGUUUGGCUUUGAAACCAUUUGCAAAACGUCCAAUCGGUUCCAGUGCUCGGGCUUUUGUAUUAUAUCUAAAAAAAGUACACAAAUAGAACGAAAUAGUGUGCAAGUGUCAAGUGCAAAAUAUUAAAUCGUUCGUGUGUUUUGUAAAGUGCUGUAAAGUGAUAAAAAAGUAACUUGUCAGCCGAUCAAACCACUUCACUGUGAAUUUAAGCAAACACACCUUUUAAGCGGUGUUUUUGCUACAGUUUGCUUUCGGAUCGGGUUACUCAUUUUCCAGGUGGACCAGUCAGCGGGGUCACGAGACCUCGCUCAACGGCAGACAAGAUUUUUACGGACGGGAACAAGCUUGGGUCCGCAACGGCGGGUAGAGGAAUGUUCUGUUACCAUUGCCCACCGUCGCUGCAUCCGGCCGGGCCGCAUCCGCCCCGGUUACCGACGCUUGAGUAUCCAUUCGCGCCAACACAUCCCUACACCAGCUAUUCUUACCAUCCAGCCAUACACGACGAAAGCUUCGUCCGGCGAAAACAACGGCGCAAUCGGACAACUUUCACACUUCAACAGUUAGAAGAGCUCGAGACAGCAUUUGCUCAAACUCACUACCCGGAUGUGUUCACGCGGGAGGAUCUGGCCAUGAAGAUCAAUCUAACCGAGGCGAGAGUACAGGUCUGGUUCCAGAACCGGCGGGCCAAAUGGCGCAAGGCGGAGCGGCUGAAGGAGGAGCAGCGCAAGCGGGGCGGUAGCGGUGGGACCGACGGAACCGACUCCCAGCUGAUGGGCGAUAAGCUCGAUACGGAUAGCCGGGACUCUAGCCCGGAUAUUACCGGCGAUGCAGACGAUGACGAUAUGCGCAGCUCCAGUGUGCCCCCGAUGAGCCCCCGGGUGGACUCGGAACCGGAGCGACCGGGGUCGUCCACCCAGCUCCAUUCGGCCCACUCGCUGUCCCAAUCCGCCUCGAACAGUGCCGGAACGCCGUCGCCCGGGUUGAAGUUCGCUCAAUACUCCGCCCCGAGCCCAGCCCCGUCCGUCUCGGCCGACUCACCGAUCGAGGUCGGUGGCCCUAUCUCCCUCACGACCACUUCCCGCACCCCGCCCAACGAUUCACCGAACCAGACCGCUAGCAGCAGCUCAAUUGCCGGCCUGUCAGCGGUCACCACGACGCCCAGCUUCAGCAGUCACAUUUUCGGCAGCUUUGCAGAAAGCAAUGGCGGAUUCCGACCGGUACUGGAUAAUGGACAGCCAAGGACUACGCCACCGCUGUUCUUGCCGCCCCAUCUUGCUUCCCUGAGCUCCCAGUUUAAUCCACCGCUGUUUCCCAGCUUAAAAGCUGCCUUCCCGGGGCUUUGCUCCUGCUGUCCGGUCAAAACACCCACCACGACCGGUUCCUCCUCGUCGCCCACGUGCAGCUCGUCCUCCCCAUCCUCAACCACCGCGCACACCGGCGGUACGGUGGUCGGUUCGUCCGCUUCCGGCCUGUCCGCGAUCACCAACUCCGUCGUCAACAGUGGGCUGCCCGAUCCGCGCUCCUCCUCCGUGGCGGAGCUGCGCCGCAAGGCACAGGAACACUCGGCCGCCCUGCUCCACUCACUGCAGGCGGCCGCCGCUGCCGGGCUGGCCUUUCCCGGGUUCCAUCUGCCGCCGCUGUCGCUCCACUCGGCCCUCAGCAGUGCCGGCCGGAAGCCGUCGGACUUUAUCAGCGAUCUUUCCAUGCACCAUCACCACCAUCAUCACCAUCUGGCGGCGGCUGCAGCAGCGUCCCACCAUCUGGGCGCGGGCCAUCUCGUUGGCAUGCAUCACAUCCCCAACAACAACAACAACAAUAAUGCCACUACGAUUAACAAUAACAGCACGACUAGCGGUAGCGGCAGCCCGUCGGAGAAUAGAACGUUGGCGUCGGAUUCGCCCCGAUCGCACGCCAGCAACGAUAAGCCAGACACGAACGAAUAGAGCAAGAGAGAAAGCGGCAGGGUAAGCGGUGAUGCAAAUUCAAACAAAAUCAUAAAUUUAACGGUAAAAUAGAGAUAGAGUGCGAGCAACAGCUAGCACAGUAGCAAAAUAGGCGAGCGUAAUCUUAAAUCGAAGUUGAUAUUAUUAAUCUUAUUCAUUCGUUGGUUGAUAAAAAAAAGAACAAAUAAGCUUUUCCUCACUGAGUAGAAAUUUUCCGAAAAAGGGCGCAAAGUUAAUAAUCGCUUAACGCACCGUUUCAAUGACAAAUAAAGCACGUUAAAUAAAUAGAUUGUGAGGAUAUUAUUAUCUAAAGGUAAUCCAGGAUCGAUUGUAUAAACAAAAUGCAAGAUUUCAAACAACACUGUACAUUAAUAAAGUAAUUCUAAACAAAACCAUUUAAAGCGAAACUUUAAAAUAAAAGACAGUUAAAUAUUAACAGUCAAAUAACACAAGGACGAGAACCAUUUUGAAGCGCAAGCUACAUGUAGAUUAUGAUAACAAUAUUAAUGCACACAUUAAAUGCUAGUGAUUAAAUAAGAAUCAAAAUGCCACAACACAAAAUGCACUCAAACAAUCACACUCAUCAUACACACACACACACUCACACACACACUCACUUGUACAAAAAGAUUCUGCGCAGUAUUCAUUAGCAAUAAUAGGUUGUUGGAAAAAAAUGCCACCAAAAGAGAGCAAAAAGGAUGGCUUCUUUGCACAUUCUCUCGUUGCGUGCCACGAUGCGGGGGAUGCGAAGAAAGACAAACUUACAUUAAAUCUAUCAACACAUUGGUACACACUUACAGCUAAGCUUUGACUUUACGAGGCGCAUUUAAAGGAUAUGAGCGCGAACAGUAAUUAAAUCUACAAUAAACAUUAACGACUAAGUGAAGGACAAACUGUGCCAGCAAUAUUAUAAUGUAUUUUUCCAAUUAGCAAAGUGAGCCCCCACAGCAGCCAUC